AUUCAUUAUUUAUUUACCUGUUCUGUUGUCUUUGUUCUUUUCGCAUUCUCUUUACCGCCUCGCCAGAGAAGAAGGAGUACAAGACGAAGGAUCUCUGUUUCCCUUGAUUUUCCCUCGCAGUAGUCGCUCCCCAUCGCCAUGUCUCAGGUUGAUCACAGAAAUUCUUCUGCUUCCAAGCGCGCUAGGACCGAUGGGAGUCGUAGGGAAGAUGAUUGGACAUGUCCUAGCUGUGGCAACGUCAAUUUCUCGUUUAGGACAACCUGCAAUAUGCGUAAUUGCACCCAACCAAGGCCGGCUGAUCAUAAUUCGAAAUCUGCUGCCAAGCUGCUACAAGCUCCUCAGGGUUACUCAUCCGCAGCUCCUUAUUUAGGUUCUAAUACUCCAUCGUCAAUAUAUCUUGGUGUCCCACCAUACGGGUCUUCUCUAUUCAAUGGAUCAUCCAUUCCUCCCUAUGAUGUUCCAUUUUCUGGGGGAUCAGCAUAUCCAUACAAUUAUGGAAGUCGUCUUUCUGGUGGCGGUCCUUAUAGACCAUUGCAUAUAUCUGGACCAACACCCUACCCUAGUGGAUCCAUGGUGGGAAAUGGUGGCAUCUAUGGCAUGCCGCAACUAUUGGAUCGCUAUGGCCUUGGUGUCCCUAUUGGACCUGGAACAAUGGGUAUCAGGCCAGGAUUUUUUCAUGAUGACAAGGCACAGAAAAAGGGCGCAGAUGCAACUCGUGACAAUGACUGGACAUGUCCAAAAUGUGGUAACGUCAAUUUCUCAUUCAGAACUGUCUGCAACAUGAGAAAGUGCAACACACCAAAGCCUGGAUCCCAGGCCUCAAAGUCUGACAAAAACUCUAAGCAAAAGAUGCCUGAGGGAAGCUGGAAGUGCGAAAAAUGUAAUAACAUUAAUUAUCCCUUUAGAACCAAAUGCAACAGACAGAACUGUGGUGCUGACAAACCAGCUGAGUCAGAAAAAUCUUCUUCACCAUCUCCAGAUCAAAAUGAUCAGUGAGUACUAGGACAUGUUUGAGGGUUGAGAAGGUCCAGAGUUGUCAUCCAGCUUUUGCUCAAUUUGGGUGUCUGACAGUGAGUCGUGUUGUCCUCUAUGUUGCAGCAGUUGUCAAGUCAGGCACCUUCUCAUUAUGUGUCAACUUGUUGUAUUAACUUAGAUGGUAUUUUAGUCUUUGUGGAUUGUUAUGAUUCAUUUGUCUGCCAGCCUUCCUGGCAGAAAGGUGAUUGCAGGUUCCAGUUUUAAGUUUUUUUCGUUCUGAACUGUCUGUUUGAAGUAUAACUUCAGAUAAAUAGAUACCUCAAACGCAUUUGAAGAUUCCAGGUUUUUGGAUAUUAUUUAGGAUAACAUUAUAGUUCUGGGUUUAGUCCAAACAUGUCUGCUUGUUAUUCCACGUUUAGGUUUGUAUGCACAGGCAUUACGAAAACCUUUCUGUCGUGUCAUUGUGUGAAGCAGUGUGUGGAUAAUUCAUGUUGUAUCAUUGAAUUGAUGUUAAUGAUCGUAGAAUCUUUACAGGGUCA